AUGGUAUUACCGUCUAUGAAUAUGAAGAAUUCAUUACUAUGCUUAGUGGCUAUCAAUUAUUUAUCUCAUUUAGUAUCAUCAGAAGCAACAGGGUUCAAACUUGAUUUCCAAGUUAAAAGAGCCAAUUCAAAACGUGAAUUAUUCGAUCAAGAUGAAAAUCAUGAUCAUUCCCCUCGAAUCUUAACUAAAAGAGAUUCAAAUGGUUAUCUUAAUAUGGAAAUUCAAAAUGAACAAACUUUUUAUAUGGCUGCUUUAAAACUUGGUUCUAAUCAAGAUGAAGUGGGUGUUUUGGUUGAUACUGGUUCUUCCGAUUUAUGGGUCAUGUCUCAUGAUUUAACUUGUGUAGAUGCUCCUUCUCAAUCGAAAAGACAAGUUGUGUUUGAACAAGAUGAUGAAGAAUCUUCACAAGAUGAUGACUCAACCAUCCAAUACGUUGAUGAUAUUAAUGAACCUGAAAUUGACGAAGAAGAAUCAAAUGAUAACUCCUAUAACGAACAAGAUAAUGAUAAACAACUUCAAAAGAGAGAUGAUAGUGCAUCAACCACUGCUAAAAAUUGGUUUUGGCCAUUCGGUGGAGGUUCAGGGGGUGGAGGUACUUCAGGUUAUUAUUAUACUACGAUUUAUUAUACCCCAGGUGUGGGAGGUGGAUAUCCAACUCAAGCAGCUCCAACUGGAACUGAAAGUUAUCAAACCACAAACACUUGUUCUCAAUAUGGUUCUUUCAAUACCGGUAAUUCCGAUACUUGGCAACAAAAUUCAACGGCUGAUUUUGAAAUUCAAUAUGCUGAUGGUACUGAAGCGGUAGGACUUUGGGGUAAUGAUAAAGUUAUCAUUGGUAAUACCACCGUUGAUUCCUUAUCUUUUGCUGUGGUCAAUACUACCAGUUCCAAUGUCGGUGUGUUGGGUAUUGGUUUACCUUCUUUAGAAGUUACUUAUGCUAAUAGUGUGGCUGGUACAAGUUAUACUUAUCAAAAUUUACCCCUUAGAUUAAAAGCAUUAGGAAUUACGGAAAGAAAUCUUUAUUCAAUUUAUUUAGGUAGAACCAUUGAUCCAAGUGGGAAUGUUUUAUUUGGAGCUAUUGAUAAUGCUAAAAUUUCAGGAAAUUUAACUACAUUACCAAUCUUAUCAACUUCAGGCUAUAAUAUUGCCAUGAGAUCUCAAGUUCUCGUCAAUGGUAUUACUUUCUCCAAUGGUAAAACCACAGAAACUGUUAGUUCAGAUAGUUAUGCUGCUGUGUUGGAUACCGGUACCACUUUAAGUUUCCUUCCAACUGCUUUAUUACAAAGUUUAGGUCAAGCUUUAGGUGGAACUUAUAGUUCAUCAUUAGGAGCAUAUAUUUUACCAUGUACUAGUGAUCCAAAUGCUAUUGUAGCAAUUAAUUUCGGAGGAUUUAAAUUAAAUAUCCCAUUAGGUAAUUUAUUAAUCCCUGCAACUCAAUCAACUUGUUAUUUAGGUAUUUUCAGUCAAACUUCAAAUUAUUUAUUAUUAGGAGAUAUCGUUAUGAGAAAUGCUUAUUGGGUUUAUGAUUUUGAUAAUUUAGAAAUCAGUGUUGCUAAUGUCAUUUAUACAACUGAUGAAGAUAUUCAAGUUAUUGGUGCCAAUGAAAAUAUUCCUGGUGCAGUUAGAGCAGCUGAUUUUAGUCAAACUAAUUUAGGUAAAGUUGGAACUCAAACUUCUCUUACUCCAGUAAGUUAUCAAACUGGUAAAUUAACAGGAUCAAACGCUAAUACUGCAGUAGUCACCACUGUAACCGGUAAUAUCUUUAGUAAUAGCAAUAAUAAUAAUAAUCAAGCCACCACCACAUCAUCAUCAACUGGUACAUCUUCACGUUCUACAUCUGGUUCAAACUCAGCUUCAACAAAUACAGGUUCUUCAUCAAGUGGAAGUAGUGGAAGCAGUAGUACAGGAUAUCAUUAUUCUAUUCCAAUUACUUUUGUAUGUUCUUUGGUUGCUAUUUUAUCAUUUUCAUUCUUCGUGUAG